AGUUAUAGUUAUAGUUACGAAAUUUAUAACCUAUGGAAAGAUGAUUGGGUUAUACUUUAAAAUAUUUAAAAAUUCAGUGUUAAAAAUAAUACCUACAAAGUAUUGUAAAACAGUAAAUGUUUCUGUUCGAAAUAUUGGUAUUAACAAAGCAAAUGUAAACACAAAUGUUGUUAAAGAUGUCAUUUUAUUUAAGUAUGAUAAAGAAACACAUUUUAAAUUUAUGAACCUUUUUGCAUUGUGUCAGUUUGGUUUUUGGACAUACCUUUCGUCAUUUGCUUAUUCUAAUUUAAGAGAUGCUCCAGUUAACAAAUCAGAAGACAUUAAUUGGUGGAAAAAAAUUAAUUUGGGGGAUAAUAAAUAUAGACAUGGAAUAACUAUAUUUUUAUUUAUUAUUGAUAUCAGAUUUUUGUAUGUUGGGCAAUAUUUGCUGAACCACAUAAUUAAAAUGAUUCUCAGACAUCCUUUAUCCAGUCUCCCCGGGGCUAUAGCCCCAGACCCUGUCAUUCAAAGAGCCCCGACACCUUAGUAUUUAAUAGUUAGUAUAAUAAUACACAUUAUAUUACCUAUCUAUAUUAAAUAAAAAGUAGGCUUUUGACGGUACUUCAAAGAUUGUUUAUUUUAUUACCUCUUUGAUAGUUUCCGAUGGACCAAAGUGUGUUGGCAGCCACAGCUUUCCUGCACACUUCUAAAACAAUCCCUUGACGACAAGCCUUCAUUUAAAAAUGGCAAACAAUAAAUGCUUUAUUCCUGGAUAACAUUUUCUUUGAUUAUAUUUGGUUAUAAGAAUUUGCAUAGUGCAUAGUGUGUGCAUGAGGUAGGCAAAUUAUUUAAUAUUACAAAAAUGUCAAUAAUUGUCAACAAUUAUUGUCUAAAAUAUCUAAGUGGAUCUGCUAAACGUAAGGUUAGAAAGAAUCACUUCUAACCAAAGUGAAAUAAAUAAUAAUAAUAUAAAUA